AUGGGUUUAAACGGCAUGAUAGGCAAAACUGCAGUCAAAGACUCUGGAGUUGGAGAUAGCAAAAGGCCACACGACCUCGCCACUGCCACAACUGAAAAGCUUCAAGCAUUUAGAUUGCUAGAUGACAGGACUGCUAAGCAGAUCAUCGUUGAAGUUGGUGAAGUGAAGCAAUCAAUAAAGUUCAGGAUGAUUGAAGGGGAUCUGAUGGAACUGUACAAGACCUUCAUCAUAACAUAUCAUGUUGACACAAAUGGAGAAGAUAAUCUCAUAACAUGGACUCUGGAGUAUGAGAAACUGGAAGAACUCGGCCCUCAUCCAGGAACCUUGCUGAACUAUUUCCUUCACGUGAUUGAAGACAUUGAAGCUCAUCAUCUGAACCAAGCUUAA